AAGUCAAGCAUCAUAUUCAAUUCUACCUCAGAGUCAAAAAUUCCCAUCAAGUGUUCAAGCUCUAGGCUUCCAAUUAAUCAAAAAAUAAAAUGAAGUCAUUCGCAGUCUUUGUUCUGAUUGCAAGCAUCAUCGCUUCCGUUAGCUGCGCCCCACAGUUUGGAUUCGGAUCGUCCGGAUCGGCUGCCAACGCUGGCUCCCAAAGCUUUGGCAUGGGUGGUGGACAUCACGGAGGAGGAAUGAGCGGUUCGACAUCCAAUGCUGCAGCCCAGAGUUUCGGCCAGGGAGGUGGGUUUGGUCACAUGGGAGGUGGCAUGUCCGGAUCGGCUGCUAACGCCGGUUCCCAAAGCUUCGGAAUGGGUGGUGGACAUCACGGAGGUGGAAUGUCCGGUUCGGCGGCCAACGCCGGAGCCCAGAGCUUCGGCCAGGGUGGUGGAUUCGGUCACAUGGGAGGUGGCAUGUCCGGAUCGGCGGCAAAUGCCGGUGCGCAAGGAUUCGGAUUUGGCGGAUAAAUGAGUGUGAGUGCAGAACAGAAGGUUAACUAGA